GAGUGGCAGACGAAAAAUAUCCAAUGCAAGCGCGGGCCAGCGAUGUGCGCAUGCGAUUGCCAAGAUCGUCGGCCAGGGAUUCCAGGGCUUCCAGAAGCCCUUCGUCCUCCGUGAGGGCCUUCCAUCACAGGGGCGAGCUGCCGACCAAAGAUGUUCCGGAGAUCGUGACGGACCUCCUAGAUGGCGACUCCCAGAGGGAUGAUGCCAUGAGCGCGGCCAUGGUGCUGCAAUGCAUCGAGGUGGUUCUCACGAAGAUCCAGCGGACGCCUGGCAGGGUGCUGCACUUGGAGCGCCUGCUGGCGCCGGUGGCCUCCGCGGCGGCACGGGAGCUGCAGGUGGGCAAGCAACGGCGACCCCAUUUGCUCAGCGUGGUCGAGGUGAACCAGGAGCGUUUGCAGCAGCACCUCGCUGCCCAAGCGCGCAGCGCCGAGAGGCGUUCGGAGCAGGAGCGCAGCUUCCGCCUGCUGUACGAGGAGCUGGACCACAGGCUCGAAGAGGCGGCACAGCGGCGCGGCCAUGAGGAGGCGUUGCUUCGGAGCUGCGGGGAGCGGCUGGCGGAGCUGCAGCAGCGCCGCGCGGAGGCCCUGGAGAAGCGGCGCCAGGAGCAAGCCAAUCGCCGGGCCUUGCUGCACUUCACCCAGGAGGCCACUUUGUCACAUCUGGCAACUCUGAGGUCCUCAUACGACCAGGAGAUGCAGGAGAUAGGACAGAUCAAAGAGGAGGGCGCCCUUCUGGCACACCAGCAGAGCGUGGCGCUGCUAGAGAUUGCGGACUUGCCGGAGAUGGAGGAUCUUGCCAGCAGCCUUGAGGCGAAACGAGCCAGCCUCCAAGAGGAGAUGCAGAUGCUGCUGGCCUCUUCAUCCGGCCGCAACAGGGCCUCAAUGGCACCGCAGCGGAAGUCCACGGUGCGGAAGUCAUCCUGAGUCCCUCGCAGCGCUCGUACCACUGAUGCCUCGGAAACGGAGACAUCAGCCUGGCUGCGGAC